AAAGAGGAACACUAAAGCAGGUUUAACCAAAAGAAUAGAGGAGAGUUUGGCUCAACAGUCUCAAGGUACUGCGCUAUUCUCUAGGAAUAUACACAUGAAAAGACCUGAUCCCUGCCCACCAUUUAACCAGGAGGUGUCUGGAUGGCAGAUCCUUCAACCUUCUCUUUCUUGAGUUGUCCCCUCUGCCAUUAUCUUCCACUCAUUUUUGCUUCAUCUUGUGAUUCAUUGAUAGAAAGCGAAGUGAAGUCAAUUAAAAUCCCCCCAACACAGUGCAAUUAUACAUUAAGGAUUGUAAUAUAAAAAGCAUCACAUACAAUGAGAAGGAUCGUCCAAGGCUAAGUUUAUUCAAUCUCUCCUCUAAUUGUAUCAGGACUUUGCCAAAUGUUGUUCUUCAACAUCUGAAAGAGAAAUGCCUAAAAGAGCUUCCAGGAUUACUUUUUAACAAAACCCUAAAAGGAAUUAUGUUUGUCUGCACCUGUGAAUUCAUUAAGGGCUCCCCCAUAUCACAAAACAACAGUGCUUGUGAGGAAUGUUGAAAAGCUGUGGAAAUACAUCAGUGGCCACUUCAAUAGGAAUUUCCCUUCUUUUCCUCUUGUUGAUCUGUGGAAUUGGGUGUGUUUGGUGUUGGAAACAUGGUAAUCCAGUGCAGUUUACCUUGCCAAGGGUCUUGCAAAGGAGAAGCAGCAGGAGAAAAGAUUAUAUUAAGACACUCUCAUGUCUCCUUGCUAUCAGCUCAAGGAAUAAAAUCUCAGUUCAGAACCAAGACUGCAGAUCUUCUGGGAGAGGGACUAACACACAUGGCAGCUAUGAAAAUGUGGAAAGUGGUGCUCCCAAACCUAAAGAAGAAACUGAUAAAGAACUAUAUGAGAACACUCAGCAGACCAGUUUCGAGGAGCAUAUCUAUGGAAAUGAGAUGCCAUCCCAAUAUUAUAACUUCCAGAAGCCUAGUACUUCUGAAGUCUCUCAAGAUGAAGACAUAUAUAUUCUUCCAGAUUCAUAAUAACUUUUGAAAAUAUCGGGUUUAAGUUAUCAGAGGAUAAAUACUCACUGGGACUUUUAUUUUACUGAUGUCAUUGUUAAUCAUGUUCUUUGGAUGAAACUCAAUGAUCUUUCAUCUGUCUCCACCCUUCUGAACCUUCUGUCUGUGUAUCACUGCAGUUUAAAUCCUCUUCACUCACCUUUCUCUAGAUUAAUUCUACAUUAUGUUAUAUUGAGUCUUCCUUCUGAAUGUUGUCUGUUACCUUUUUCUCUUACUUCUAUCACCACCAUCUUUUUCUGGCUCAAGAUUGUGUCAGUCUUCUAACUUGUCUUUCUGGCUCCAGUUUCUACACAUUCAGUCAGUUCCCAUGAUGCUGCCAAAUUUACCUUCAGAAAAUAUUCCCGGUGCCACACCACUCCUUUGCUUAAAACCUCUUAAUGGCUCCUCUUUGCAAAAGACAUACUACUUAUAAUUCUAACUCCAGAAUUUAGGACUUACCACACUUGGUUCAAGUUAACUUUUCCAGUGACUUCUACUAAUUUCUCACUCCUCUGCCUUCAUCAGAAUCAUCUGAAAACCUGCCAGACUCAUCCCUCCUCCUUGGCUUUGCUUGUCUGCCCCAUCUCAAGCCUGCCCCAGAUGGCAACUUCUUCCACAAGUCUUCUGAAUUAUUCCAAACCUACCUUUACCUUUUCCUUUUCUGAUCACCUGUAGAUUUUGCUGCCUGUUUAAUUCUCUGGGCAUUUAAACAUAUGAAUGUUUUCUAUGGCAUUUUAUGAUUUAAUGUCAUAUGAGAAUGUCUUAAAUUCCUUGCUAAAUAACAAGGAAGUGCCUCAUCGUAUAUUUUAGCUCCACUGCCUAGACUAUCAUAUGAGGCAUUUGGUAUUGUUCAAUUGACAGAUAAUUAAAUUGUACA